AUGACCAGUACUGCUUUCUUCGGACUGGAUGAGAUGCACCUUCUAGGUCAUGGUACAGGCCAGCAGCUCUACGUUGCACUUGGAGGAAAAUUCUGCCCCACAAUCAAUAACAGUAGAAGAAAUGCACAUGGCAUUCACUUGCAAGACCGGUUGAAACACCACAGAUACCCAUUUGCCCUGGAUGUCAGUCUGGAAGAUAUCAACAUAGCAAUUUGCGCAUCCAGGGCCAAUAUACCAGCCGAUUUCAUGGGAAUAAUUGCCCAGCAGUGGAGGAUCACUGCUGCCAAUAUCCAAGAAGCAGAGGAGGCCAUUGGUCACUGGCAUGCCUCCCUCCAUUGUGAGAUCAAAGAAAAGAGGCUGAAGCCUACAGUUUUUGUGAUAAACCAGCAUAUGCUGGUUCAUUUUGACUAUAUGAUGUGGGAGAUGGGCCCUCUUCAGGCAUACAGUUGUAGGCCAAUCAAAAGGACAAUUGGUGUCUACAGCGUGGCAAUCAAGUCGAGAAAGAAACCAGGAAAGAACAUGGAGAAUCUCUUGCUCAGAAAGGCAGAAAUCAAUCACUGUCUUGGUUGCCAACCUGUCAUUUGUGUCACAAAUGACAGAAGGACCAGCAACUUCGAAGUUGCAAGUAACGAUGUUGCUGGUCCUCAACUUUGGUCCAGGCCAACUGGAAGCUCUCUGGCUGAGUUGGCUGCCGCCAUUGGCAUAGAGUGCCAGGACUUGAUCCGCAGUUUGGUGCCUUUCUGGGCAAGAGAAGGCAUUGUUUCCUUUGAGGAAAACGAUGAAGUGGUUUGCGCCAACAAGAUGUGGAAAGACUUGGUGGGAUUUAUUCUUAAAUUCUUCUCCCAAACUGUCAACAGAGUGACCAGACUCUUUGCGACCAUCGACUGUUUUUCUGAUGUUCAACGCGUGAACCAGGAUCUUUUUCCUGCGUGGGAUAGCCUGGCACCUGGUGUGGUGAAGGUGGUGGAUGUGAAGUCUAUCAAGGGGAUCGCUGGCCUCGUCCAUAACCCAAACGACGAGACCAUUUGGCACAUUAUCUGGCCUUCGCCAAAAUACAACCAAUAG